ACAUAUAACAUGAGCAUAUUUGACGCGCGAAUCAACAUUUUUCCUCGACGUUUUUCGGCGUCCCGCGGGCUGAGGUAAAGGAUUCUCCGCUUCUCCAGUCUGGGAAAAUUGUGAUAAUAGUGAUUACAUCUGCAGCGCGAUAAACAACAAGAACAAGAUUCUCCGUCUAUACUGCAUGUUUGGUGUUUUGAUAGGAAAACUCAACCUAAACCACCAUCAGCAUUGAUCCUCUCGAAGGCGCGAAACAGUGACUUAUGGGUAAACCAGGCCACCUUCGUACCCAAGAAGCACAGGCAGCCCAAGUAUUCAAGUGCUCUCGCGGUAACAUGGAAACUAGUCUCCAGGACAGCCGAUGGAAACCAGCGCACAGUCCAAGCAAAAAACUUGGAUUCUAGCUUGCAAUUCUUUUGAUCAAAAGAAAUUGCUAGCAAGUGGUGGUAAUUUGAUCUCCUUCAACAUAGAAUACUGUUGAUGAUCCAUCAUAGAGUACCUAGCCUAUACGUGUCUUGAUAAAUGUCUUCAAUCUCUAAAUCGUCGGAAGUACCACAAGUUGCAGAUCAUCUCCGACUUAUAUCUACAAUACAGAGACUAUAGAUAAAAGUGAGAGUAAAGAGCUACGGCCCUCUCAGCGACCAAUCAGAAUGACAGAGGUGUCAGGCGAGCCAGUGGCCAGUGUGGAUGCCGGGAACGGGAAGAAAUCCGAGGAAUUCGGGCUCCGCAGGGACCUUGGCCUUUGCGCAUCCAUUUCACUCAGCGGCGGUGCGAUGGUGGGCUCAGGAAUCUUCAUAUCAGCGCAGUGGGUGCUUGUGUACAGCGGUUCUGUUGGCAUGUCUCUCCUUAUUUGGUUACUUUGCGCCGUUGUGUCCAUAUUUGGAGCACUGGUAUCAGCAGAAUUGACACUAACAUUCGGCAAAUGCGGAGGAGAGUACAUGUUUAUACUAAAGACACUGGGCCCGAUGAUGGCUUUCGCUACAUCCUGGCUUAGAUUUCUUGUCCUGGCGCCCGUGGUUUUUUGCAUUCAGACCCUUGCACUGGCUGCAUAUAUCAUAGAACCUAUUUUCCCAGGAUGCUCUGAGAGGUGGGAUAUCAAAGUGCUGCAGAAAAUCCUUGGCGUUGGUAUAAUUUACUUUCUGAUGUUCAUGAAUAUGAUGAGUGCGCGGGUGGCCGCCCGGGUGCAGAUUGUGUUCACGGUUGGCAAAGCCCUUGCUCUGGCGAUAAUCAUAAUCACUGGAGUUGUGAGGUUUGCCCAAGGGUACACAACAGGGGCGUUCGAUCAGCCGUUCAAAGGUUCAGUGACCGAUGUAAGCCAGCUCGGCCUCGCUUUCCAAAGCGGACUUUGGGCAUAUGCAGGAUGGGAUAUCAUUUGUGUUGUUGUCGAGGAAGUGAAACAUCCUAGCAGGAACUUGAUUUUUGCGGUGAUGGGAAGUAUAACCUUCGUGACGUUGCUAUAUCUUCUGGUGAAUAUCGCAUAUCUAGCCGUGCUUACCGUACCGGAGGUCAAAGCAUCCCUUGCGACGGCUGUGUCCUUCGCUCAGCGGAUGUACGGAACUGGGGUACAAUGGCUCAUCCCACUCUGCGUGUCGGCAACAGUGUUUGGUACGAUGAACGCACGAGUGUACGGCAUGGGGAGGAUGUACUUCGCGGCUGCACGAGAGGGUCACUUACCCAGAGCUCUGGCCAUGUUACACACGGAUAAGCGAACACCAAUACCCGCCAUGCUGUACCUGGCUUUCAUCAUCACUGCCAUUCUCAUCCCUCGUCAAACCUCGGUCAGAAUGUUGCUCAAAAUUUUGGGCUUUGCCAGUUGGAUGGAACAGUCAUUGUUGACGAUUGGUUUGCUUUGGACAAGAUAUAAGCGUCCAGACCUCGCCCGGCCUUUUAAGCCUCCCGUGAUUAUUCCCAUCAUAUUCCUGACCAUCGCACUCUACCUUGCCAUUACACCGAUCGUUGCUGCCCCAUUGGAGUCGCUUUUCGCUUACAUUUGCUUCUUUGCGGGAAUCCCGAUCUACUGUGUACUAAUCCGCUACAAACUGCAGCCAAAAUGGCUCAUUGCUUUGUUCGGUAAGCACACUUGUGCGUGUGUGUGAUGUGUGUGUUUGUGAUGGGAGGGGGGAGGGG